AUGUGGCUAUCUAAAUCAACGUAUCACUGGCGUAGACACAAACUGAAAAACCUUCCCUACCAUUACUAUGUCUUUUACAACAUUGCCGUACACUCUCUAGGUAGUCUUAUCUUCAUCGCCCAGCCCACUGGCAGUCUCGUCUCCGGCUUCCUGCAGAACCGUCUGGGCAGAAAGACUUGUCUGAUGAUGGUCAACAUUCCUCAGUUCAUCUCCUGGGUCAUCCUCUACUUCGCCACCACCGCCGUCCAUCUGUUCCUCGCCGUGACUCUUAUGGGUCUCUCCUUCGGAUUCCUGGAGGCUCCUCUUUUGUCGUACGUCGGAGAAGUGACCCAGCCUAGGCUGCGUGGCGUGUUCAGCUGUUUUGCAGGUGUGUUCUUCAAUCUUGGUUUUAUGAUAGAGAGCAUCCUAGGAGCGUGUCUGCCCUGGAGAACCAUGGUUCUCUACAGCACUCUAGGUCCUAUAAUAGCAUUUGUGACUAUGGCACUGCUUCCAGACUCACCUGCCUGGCUGGUGACUAAAGGUCGAGUGAAGGAUGCUGAGAAAGCCUUCCAGUGGCUGAGAGGAUGGGUGUCUCCGGAGAUGGUCAAGGAAGAGCUAGACACCCUCGUCUGCUACGUUCAAGAGACCCAAGGGAAAUCAAAGUACUUCCAGAACACUGAGUACAACCUGGUGGUUAAUGACCAAGGUAACUCACAGCCUGAGAGAAAACCUAACCCUGGAUGGAGGUCGUUGCUAGAACCAGAGGCUUUGAUAGCUUUCCGAGUCAUCCUGAGUUACUUCUUCAUCACUUCCUGCGCCACUCUCUACGGCAUGAGGCCGUUCUUUGUCGAGGUCCUCGAGAACCUCAACUCGUCCAUCAGACCCUUCACAGUUGUUGCAAUUUGUGGAGCUCUUAAGCUUCUAGGGUCUUUGGGGAUGUGCCUGGCUAUGAAGCCUCUAGGUAAGCGAGGGAUCACCUUUCUUUCACUUGGCCUGAGUGUCUGUUGCUGCUAUGGCAUCGGAGCAUAUCUCCUGACUAGGGCGAACAUCCCCUGGAUCCCCGUCAUAUUGUUCUUCAUCUCCUACUUCAGCGCAACUCUUGGGAUUGGAUCUGUUCCGUGGAUACUUAAUGCGGAACUGUUUCCUCUUAGGGCAAAAAGUAUGGGAAGUGCGAUCUGUGCCGCAAUGUCCUACUUCUUCAGCUUUGUUGUGACCAAGACCUACUUCAACGUCGUCUCCUGGGUGAACGUGUCCGGGACGUGCAUCCUCUACGGGACCAUCAGUCUCCUGGGGUUGGUCUACCUCUACGUGGACCUACCUGAGACCGAGGGGCAUGCCUUGGAGGCCAUCGAGAGGAAUCUCAGUGAGAGAAGGUUCUUCGCUGCGAUGGGAUUCAGUAUAACCAACGCUAACAUUGGAUUAAUAACAGCAAUGCCAACGAUCAUCAUAGGAGCUCUCCGCAGUGAGGUAUCUUCGGCCUUGUGGCUCACAGAAACCCAGGCUUCGUGGUUUGGUAGUCUUAUCUUCAUCGCCCAGCCCACUGGCAGUCUCGUCUCCGGCUUCCUACAGAACCGUCUGGGCAGAAAGACUUGUCUGAUGAUGGUCAACAUUCCUCAGUUCAUCUCCUGGGUCAUCCUCUACUUCGCCACCACCGUCGUCCAUCUGUUCUUCGCCGUGACUCUCAUGGGUCUCUCCGUCGGAUUCCUGGAGGCUCCUCUUUUGUCGUACGUCGGAGAAGUGACCCAGCCUAGGCUGCGUGGCGUGUUCAGCUGUUUUGCAGGGGUGUUCUUCAAUCUUGGUUUUAUGGUAGAAAGCAUCCUAGGAGCGUUUCUGCCCUGGAGAACCAUGGUUCUCUACAGCACUCUAGGACCUAUAAUAGCAUUUGUGACUAUGGCACUGCUUCCAGACUCACCUGCCUGGCUGGUGACUAAAGGUCGUGUGAAGGAUGCAGAGAAAGCCUUCCAGUGGCUGAGAGGAUGGGUGUCUCCGGAGAUGGUCAAGGAAGAGCUAGACACCCUUGUCUGCUACGUUCAAGAGACCCAAGGGAAAUCAAAGUUCUUCCAGAACACUGAGUACAACCUGGUGGUUAACGACCAAGGUAACUCACAGCCUGAGAGAAAACCUAACCCUGGAUGGAGGUCGUUGCUAGAACCAGAGGUUUUGAUAGCUUUCCGAGUCAUCCUGAGUUACUUCUUCAUCACCUCCUGCGCCACUCUCUACGGCAUGAGGCCGUUCUUUGUCGAGGUCCUCGAGAACCUCAACUCGUCCAUCAGACCCUUCACAGUUGUGGCAAUUUGUGGAGCUCUUCAGCUUCUAGGGUCUUUGGGGAUGUGCCUGGCUAUGAAGCCUCUAGGUAAGCGAGGGAUCACCUUCCUUUCACUUGGCCUGAGUGUCUGUUGCUGCUAUGGCAUCGGAGCAUAUCUCCUGACAGGGGCGAACAUCCCCUGGAUCCCCGUCAUAUUGUUCUUCAUCUCCUACUUCAGCGCGAGUCUUGGGAUUGGAGCUGUUCCGUGGAUACUUACUGCGGAACUGUUUCCUCUUAGGGCGAAAAGUAUGGGAAGUGCGAUCUGUGCCGCAAUGUCCUACUUCUUCAGCUUUGUUGUGACCAAGACCUACUUCAACGUCGUCUCCUGGGUGAACGUGUCCGGGACGUGCAUCCUCUACGGGACCAUCAGUCUCCUGGGGUUGGUCUACCUCUACGUGGACCUACCUGAGACCGAGGGGCAUGCCUUGGAGGCCAUCGAGAGGAAUCUCAGUGAGAGAAGGGUCUCCAGGAAGAGUAUUUCACAAAACUUACAGGCUGGAAGAUGACAAUAAAAGAGUGUGCAAACAAGUGUUUUGGUACGUCUCGCCCAUGACACAUUACAUGCACAAACUAGAACUCAGUGAAUAAAAGAUGUUAAGAUGUAUCACUGAUUGAGUCCUAGAUAUUUAA